AACGGUCAAAAUAAUUCAAAAGGGAGCCUAGGCACAGCUGUCCCGCGAGGGAUGUCCCGAGCCAAACCUUAAGCUCAGUCCCUAACACCACCCAAACCAGGUCUCUAACCCAUCAUAUGUCGACAAGUGUCAUCGUGACUGCUUCAUCUGCUUGGUUUCCUUCUCAUGUCAUGGCUGUGCACUCUCCAUCUUUUCUUCUUGCUUUUUGCUAAAGUUUUCUUCGUGCCCACCCCAAGCUUUCGAGCCCUAUUAACUCCUGCUUUAGUCUACUCAUCACUCACAUGAGCUGAAGUUGCACACCACCUUCAUUCCCACUCUCUAUAAAUAUCCAUCAAUCCCCGCGGGACAACCUCCAUGCCAAAACAACCACCUCCUCUCGUAUCUCUCUGGUUUGCAUUAACCUGUCAUCACCCCUCUUUCGCCUUGCAUGCCAAAACCAUCUCUCUUCCUAUUUCACACUAAACGAGCAAACCACUAUCACUGUCGCUAGCUACAUUUGGUCAGCAAUACAAAGAUAUCCUCUCCUUUCUGCAUAAAUUCAGCAACUCGCUUUCUUGUCCUCCUAUAAAUACCACCGCUACUAUUAGAGCCUCUUUUCUUCAUCCAUAACUUUGCCAUCUCUCUGCCCUCUCCAAUCCGCAAAUUUCUUGCCUGAACACUUGAAUUCUGAACUUCUGGUUGGCAUUACUUAUUCCUUCGUCUCUCUCUUCCUCUGUGCAUCUUCUCCAACCUCGGUGCUGCAAGGAUGAAGAACAAGGCUUCCACCUUCCUGAAGCAGGUGAUCUCUGUUAUUGUCUCCAUGGUGAAGGCCAAGUCAUUGGCGGUGAAGAGCAAAACCAGUGCUAUGAAAAGCCGGCUCCUUGUCUUUGGGCUCCUUCGGCACAAGAAACUCUUAAUGAGUGCAAUCAACCACAAGAUCCAUGCACUUAGGGGACAGGAGAAAGGUGGUGAAAGUCUCAGCAGCAACCCUGAGGACUGCAGCAAGGCAAUAGUGCUUUAUAUUGCAGAACAGAACGAGGCCCUGCCAAGCUCCACACGCACCGAGUCGGUCGACUGUGAAGAUGACGAUUUUUACCCGGACCUCACACACUCGCUAUUUGAAGACGAGGACGACGAUGAUGAUGGACUCGGUGACGCCGCUGGAUCGGUAAUCGAUCUGGUUAGGAACUCCAAGGACGAUGGUAAGGAAUUCAGCCUCGAGGACGAGAUCGACCAUGUAGCUGACGUCUUCAUAAAGAGGUUCCAUAGGCAGAUGAGGAUGCAGAAGCUGGAGUCCUUCAAGAGGUAUCAAGAGAUGUUGGAAAGGAGCGCGUAGGAGAAGGAAGGUAAAAGAGUCCUUUUGUUUCUCCAAGUAGGCCUUAGAGAUCUGACCCAGAGACUGAACAAAGGAAGGAAACUGUGGGGCCAGGAGGGUAUAAUCAGCUCGCUUGGUGGUUAAUCUCUAGGAUGUCUCAGCUUUUAAGCACUCCUCCGCUGGAGCUAUGUUUAGUCGUAGAACUCUUGCUGUUUCACGUAGAAAAAAACGCCUGCUUCCAUGUAAUCGUCAAAAAAAAAAAA